GUCUUAGUAGCUGAUUUGCACCUCAAUUUUUUUUUAUCACUAAUACACCAUGGAUUCCGGCGAUAACGAGGUGGUAGUCGAUUUUCCUCAUUUCAUCCGUGUCUACAAAAACGGCCGUGUUGAGCGGUUGUUCGGUUCACCGAUCGUUCCGCCGUCGCCGGAAGAUCCUGCUACCGGCGUCUCCUCAAAAGACAUAGACAUUUCGCCGGAAUUCAAAGCUAGAAUUUACCUCCCAAAACUCACAAACAGUAUUACCGACCAAAAACUCCCAAUCUUAGUCUACUAUCACGGCGGCGCAUUCUGUCUCGAAUCCGCCUUCUCUGUCCUCGACCACCGUUACCUUAACCGCAUAGUCGCCGAAUCCAAUGUCAUCGCCGUUUCAGUUGAAUACCGUCUUGUCCCGGAAAACCCAUUUCCGGUAGCGUAUGAAGACUCUUGGGCCGCUCUUCAAUGGGUCGGAUCCCAUGUUGAAGCAAAACCCGGGUUCGAAAAGGAACCUUGGUUAGUUAACCAUGGAGAUUUCGAGAAGGUACUAAUCGGAGGCGAUAGUGCCGGAGGUAACAUAGUUCAUAAUCUAUCUCUCAGAUCUGGAUCUGAAAGCUUAAAUGGUGGAAUCAAAAUCCUGGGUUCAUUACUCUGUUUUCCAUACUUUUUAACAUCAAUUGAUUUUAAAGAAGACAGUUUACCCAGUAAGCUUUGGAGGUUUGUAAACCCAUCAACUAAAGACGGAGUUGAUGAUCCAAACAUUAAUCCGUUUGUUGAAAAAGCUCAAAGUUUAUCAACAUUGGGUUGUUCAAAGAUUUUAGUUUGUGUUGCAGAGAAAGAUGAGCUGAGAAAUAUUGGGAUUAAGUAUGCUGAAGCAGUGAAGAACAGUGAAUGGAAAGGGGAAAUUGAAUUGAUUGAUGUUGAAGGUGAAGAUCAUUGCUUUCAGAUUUUUGAUACUGAAACUGAAAAAGCCAAAAAUCUGAUUAAGGAAAUAGCUAGUUUUAUCAAAAAGAGCUGUGUGUGAUUGUUCUUGGCUAUGAACAUUUUGGGAAAUGUUAAAGAAAAUGAUCAUAUCGAAGUUUAUUAUAGUUACGUAAAUAUUUUUUUUUUAGUAACUAUGGUAUGUUAUCUAAGUUUGGAAUAAAUUAUCCUAUCAAGUAUAUUAUAGUUACGUAUCCUUCUUUAAGGGACUAUCGUAUGUUAUCUAAGUUUGGAAUAAAUUAUCCUAUCAAGUAUAUUAUAGUUAUGUAUCCUUCUUUUAGGAACUACCGUAUGUUAUCUAAGUUUGUUAUAAAUUAUCCUAUCAAGUAUAUUAUAGUUAUGUAUCCUUCUUUUAGGAACUACCGUAUGUUAUCUAAGUUUGUUAUAAAUUAUCCUAUCAAGUAUAUUAUAGUUAUGUAUCCUUCUUUUAGGAACUACCGUAUGUUAUCUAAGUUUGUUAUAAAUUAUCCUAUCAAGUAUAUUAUAGUUAUGUAUCCUUCUUUUAGGAACUACCGUAUGUUAUCUAAGUUUGUUAUAAAUUAUCCUAUCAAGUAUAUUAUAGUUAUGUAUCCUUCUUUUAGGAACUACCGUAUGUUAUCUAAGUUUGGAAUAAAUUAUCCUAUCAAGUAUAUUAUAGUUAUGUAUCCUUCUUUUAG